UUACCUGGCAGUGUCAAAUAUUAGUUGACAAUAGCAAGUUUUUUAAAAACUGCAUAGAAAUCGCAAUUUGAACUUUAUAAAUUGCAUUAAAUUAGCAUUGAACUCCAUGCCUAGCUCAGCUAAUAGUCAUCACCACUCCCCAGCGUCCAAUAACCAGUAUGCACAUCAGACUCCAGGGAUUCAGCAAUUAUUGGCGGCUGAAAAAAGGGCCGCAGAAAAAGUUGCUGAAGCUAGAAAAAGAAAACUGAGACGCGUUAAACAAGCCCGUGAAGAAGCUGAGGCAGAAAUCGAAUCACUUCGCAUUCGAAAAGAACAGUCAUUCCUACAGUUUGAGGAAGAGUUCCUAUGCAAUAAAGAAGAUAUUGCCCAGCAGAUCGAAAACAAUACUGAAAACUAUUUGGAAAGAAUGGAGAAAAUAUUUCAGAAAAACAAAGCAAAUGUAAUUGAUGACCUAAUAGAUCUCGUGGUAGAAAAUAUUAAAGUGGAACCCAACCGAAACUUUUAUAUGUUGCAAAUGUUUAAAGAAAUAUAAUGAAAUAAAUGUCUAGUUAAUCUUAAAAA